AUGAAAAAGGGACACCGUGGUCCUUCAACACCGACACCGGCGCCACCAUUCCAGCAUGCCGUUGUUGUGCCGGAGGAGUUGCUGAGGGAUAAGACCGCGCGCGAGCGUCGGGCGAUCACCCGUGGGUAUCUUGCCCAGUGGCGGCUUGAGGAGAGGGAGAAGCCCGUCAUUGAGCAGUUAGUCCAGCAGAAGAUGACCGAAAGCGCCGCACAGGCAUCAUGGAGGACGCGUGUCUCGCAGCUGCCGCCGGUGCGUUUGCCAAAAAUGAGUGACGCAACGGCAGCCCCACUGCCGGUGCGGAUGCCGAAAAUUUUGGCCAAUUCUUUGCCUUCUUUGCGUGCAGCAUCGCCACCGACGACGUUGGAGUCGUGUCGCCGCGUCACACCAUCGCCCCCUUCCCCGCAGCCCUUCUCCAAUACAGCCACUUCUUCCGCAACGGUGCAAACGAAGACGACAGCAAUGCCGGGACCCGCGUACACCCGCACGUAUUUUCAGUUGGAGGACUUUGAUAAUACAGACUUUGAGACACGUACCCCACAGGAGUGGGUGCUGCUCGGCGAGAAGGAUGGCGGUACACCGGCCCGCUCCCGCUACUUUGAUAAGCGGAGCAAUGAAGUGCAAUGGCUUCCGUGUCGUGUUGUCGCCUACGACGACGAAAGGAGCUGUUAUCAGGUCGUUUGGGAGUCGAAUGGCUGUAGCAAGUGGACGAAACGACUCAACAUAAUAUUCGAUGCGGAGGACGAGGCAGUGUGGCACGAGCGUGUGCGACAGGCGGAGGCAUAUCGGGCGGAGACUGAGGCAGCAUUGCGGGGGCGGAUGUACUUGCAAUCUUUGGACGGAAGCCGCAUCGCGCCGAUGGACCAGGACCAGAUGGACCGCAUCAUCGGGUUGGUGGCGAAGCGCUUUCCCCUGACCGCACUGCGCCUCGUGGAGCAGUGCACACGCGAGCUGGAGGAACUUUACUACUUCAGCCUGAAGCGUGCACAGCACUGGCGUGAGAUGGCCAGCCCCGAGGAGCAGCGACGCGUGGAGCUACUGGGGUUGCCACCCCCACCGCCGUCAUUACUACCGUCAACAACGCUGUCGGCAGGCUCGGGCGAGCUUCCGCCGAGUACGCUGCGUGGUACGAUAGAAACACCAUCGCCAAACUUCCGCGUGGCACGGAAUUUUAUUGCGGAGAAUUUAUUUCAAACGCACGCGUUACUGCACGAUACGGUGUACGCCAUCCACAAUCAAUGGAACGAAUACAGAGGAGAGUUGUUGUGCAUCACGCAAUGGGACCCUCGUGAAACCCCAAUUGGGCUAAGAAACUUCGAGGAGUUGCAGGCACAUCGUGGCUUCAGUAUUUCAGAGAAGCUGCACAACGAGUGGAGCGUAAAUGUUCGUUGUACUAUUCAAAACAACCUCGAUAUGCACUUUAAAUUCUACGAGGAUAACCUGGAGAGGUAUAAAGUGAGCCGCAUGUCUCGAUUUGUGAAUUUUGUUAAUGUCAUGAUGAAUUCACAGCUACGUGGGCUGCUGCUCAAUUCAUUAGAGGAGUUUGCGGCCUUCAUCCACCGCUACCGUGUAAUGCCAAGCGUUGACGACACACCGAUGGACGAGCUGCAGGAGGAUCUAGAGGAGGCAGAGCACUGGAGGCGUCGCCAAGAAGAAUGGAACGAGAGGCAGCGCGCAGCCAUGGCUGAGGCAGAGGCUGAGCAAGCCCGCAAUGCUGGCGGCGGUGGACGCGGUCGGCAACGAAAGAGCGUUGCCCCACCCCCGGAGGAGGAAAAAGAAAAGGAAGUGCCAUUUGUCUGGCGCCUCGGGACGUUUUGUAACCGCCUGCAGUACACGAAGCGUGUGGUGGAGAUGACGAUGAAUCCCAAGGGACUGCGUCCGCUGUUUGUGUUGAAUCUCGUGGAGGAUUCCGGUCGUGUCGUCUUCUCACCGUCUCUGGAGGACGUCUCACGCAAAGUAAAGGCCGUGUUUGAGGGCUGUUUUGAGCUUGUGGACAAAAUUCAAGGGAUGGGCGAUCAGCUGUUCCCACUGCUUCCAUUGCAGCCACUGGCGUUGCAGCCACUAGACGUGUUCGACCCGGCUGUAUGCGAGGCGCGGUCGAUGGUGGAGAAGGCCCUUGCUGAAAACGUUGAGGCACCGCUGCAGCUUCAGCAAAUGUACCAGACUUUUGAGUACGUUCUGCAGCUGGACACGCGGGAACUGGUGGAAGAGGUGAAUGCACGGCAGUUGUCGCUCCCCGACUUUGACUGGACGUUUGAGCGCCUUUCUCGUGACCGGGAACGCAUUGUGCGGAGGACGCCAAACCAUGUAAAAUACGAAAUGUUUUUUAUCGAUUGCAAAGGAAUAAAGGCGUCGCUGGUCGCCAAGGCAACCGACAUCCAAAGUGCCCUGAUGGAGGCUCUGGCUGAGCGAAUGAGAAAGACGUGUUCGAACAUGAUCAGCGAAUACAACAACAUGAGUGAACGGAUGGCGUUAGAGUCGCGCUCGCCCGAGGAACUGCAGGAGUUCCGCGACUUCCUCGACGGAAUCCCUGCCCGACAAGAACAACUCAACGCCACCUUUGAGACACUGACAGAAGGGUUUGAUCUCCUUUUCAAGUACAACUACGAGUUUUCCGCCGACGCAUGCAAUGAUUAUCGCACGGCGU